UCUCUUUCCAAGUCGAAGAAUCAGCGUCGCACGUUUCCUGUUUGUAGCUCAUUCGAGUUGCAGCCCAUCGUACGGACUGUGUGCUUUUAUUUUCUGAUAGUUUUGCUUCCUUACUUGUUUCGUCCUUUGGAAAAUAUAAAGAAAACAACAAAGUCGCCAAGAUGCCGCGAAUCAUGAUCAAAGGAGGCGUUUGGCGCAAUACGGAGGAUGAAAUCCUCAAAGCAGCGGUGAUGAAAUAUGGGAAAAAUCAGUGGUCCCGUAUUGCCUCAUUGCUCCACCGAAAGUCGGCCAAGCAGUGCAAAGCCCGAUGGUACGAGUGGCUUGACCCCAGCAUCAAGAAAACUGAGUGGUCCCGAGAGGAGGAGGAGAAGCUUCUCCAUCUGGCCAAGCUGAUGCCUACCCAGUGGCGAACCAUCGCGCCCAUCAUAGGACGCACGGCCGCUCAGUGUCUCGAGCACUACGAAUACCUGCUCGACAAGGCAGCGCAGCGAGAUAACGAGGAAGAAGUGGGAGAGGACCCCAGAAAGUUGAAGCCGGGAGAGAUAGACCCCAACCCCGAGACUAAACCGGCCAGACCCGACCCCGUGGACAUGGAUGAAGAUGAACUUGAAAUGCUGUCUGAGGCCCGAGCUCGACUGGCCAACACGCAGGGCAAGAAAGCUAAGAGGAAGGCCAGAGAGAAGCAGUUGGAGGAAGCCAGACGUUUGGCGGCGCUGCAGAAGCGGCGAGAGUUGAGAGCGGCGGGCAUCCACGUCGGCAAGAGGAGGAAGAAGAAGCGAGGAGUGGACUACAAUGCUGAAAUCCCCUUUGAAAAGAAACCUGCCGCUGGCUUCUACGACACAAGCAUGGAGAUUUACGACCCCCUGGCGCCCAACUUCAAGCGUCUCCGCCAGCAGCACUUGGACGGCGAGCUGCGCAACGAGCGCGAGGACCGGGACCGGAAAAAGGACAAGCAGAAGAUCAAGAAGAAGAAGGAGAGCGACCUGCCCUCGGCCAUCCUGCAGACCAGCGGCGUGGCCGAGUUUACCAAGAAGCGCUCCAAAUUGGUCCUGCCUGCGCCACAAAUCAGCGACGCCAAGCUGGAGGAGGUGGUGAAGAUGGCCGUGGCCAGCGAGGUUGCCCGCCAGGCAGCUGAGGAGAGCGAGAGCGCCAACGGCGCAUCUUCAGCACUGCUCUCCGAGUACAGCGUCACCAACAACAUGAGCGCCGAAUUGCGCACGCCUGUCGCCCAGGACCGGAUCAUGCAGGAAGCUCAGAAUUUGAUGGCGCUGACCAACAUUGACACGCCACUGAAGGGUGGCCUGAACACGCCGUUGCAUGAGAGCGACUUCAGCGGCGUGACGCCCCAGCGGCAGCAGGUGCAGACCCCCAACACCGUGCUCAGCACCCCCUUCAGAACCCCUGGGCAUGGCCAAGGGCCAGAGAGCAUGACCCCGCAAGCGAGCGAGGCGUUGACCCCACGCGGGCCGGUCACGCCUGGUCUGACCCCCUUGCGUACGCCGCUGAGGGACAAGUUGAACAUCAACAGCGAGGAGCAGCUGGCUGACCCGUCCUACGCUAAACAUGCGCAACGAGAGAGUCUGCAGCAGCUGAGGCAGGGCCUGAUGUCACUUCCUUUGCCCAAAAACGACUUUGAGAUUGUCCUGCCUGAAAACGCAGAGAAAGAAUUGGAAGAGACCGAGAUGGGGGGCGGCUACGUGGAAGAUGCUGCUGACGUCGAGGCGCGCAAGCAGGCCCAUCGCGAUGCGGAGAGGGAGAAGGAGCUCAAGCUGCGCCACACUGCUGUUCAGAGGAACCUGCCCAGACCCACUGAUGUGAACGAGUCAGUACUGCGUCCCGCCUCCAUGGAGCUGAACGACCUGCAGGUGGCCGAGGAGCUGAUCAAACAGGAGAUGAUCACCAUGAUGCAUUAUGACUGUCUUCACCAUCCCACGGGCGGCGGGCAACUGCAGCGUGCAAAGGCCCGAGGACCGACAGCCACCUCCAACAACGCCCCGCACAUCGCCUACCUGGAUGCGCAUGCCUACAGCACCGUCAGCACCGAGGACAUGGACAAGGCCAAAGUGGUCCUGGCGGCUGAGAUGGAGGUGGUGAAGGCGGGCAUGGGGCACGGAGACCUCAGCAUGGAAGCCUACUCCCAAGUGUGGGAGGAAUGCUACAGCCAGGUGUUGUACCUGCCAGGACAAAACAGAUACACCCGAGCCAAUCUGGCAACCAAGAAGGAAAGACUGGAGAGCGUGGAAAAGAAACUCGAAGUGAACCGCGGUCACAUGACGGCGGAAGCCCGCAAGGCAGCCAAACUGGAGAAGAAGCUCAAGAUCCUCCUCGGCGGCUUCCAGUCCCGAGCUCUCGGCCUCCUCAAGCAGCACAACGAACUCUGGGAGCAGGUGGAGCAAGCGGCUAUGGAGCUGGAGACUUUCAGUCAGCUGAAGAAACAAGAAGACACAGCCAUUCCCAAAAGACUGGAGAUGUUGCGCGAGGACGUGGAGCGUCAAAUGGAACGAGAGCGGGAACUCCAGCAGCGCUAUGGAGAACUUGUGACGAUGCGUGAGGGCCUGGUCAACGGCGCUCUGAAAUUCUGAGGCCACGGUGAACCGUUCCUUUUUUACAAUGUACGCUACCGGUCUCAGACUCCUGUCCUCGAGGGCUGGGAUUUUGCUCGUUUUAGAUGUAUCCCUCCCCUAACACAUUUUUGAUCGUUUGAAUCAGGUGUGCUGGAGGAGGAAAACGUCAAACGUGUAGGAUACUGGCCAGUAAAUUGAGCAAGCGAGCGUGUCCCACGCACCUUUUGUGUUCUACGUUUGUCUUGGCAAAAAUUAAAGUUUAUUUCCCACAAUGCCAAA